AUGGAUUGUAGCGUGGAAGAAGACUGGCCGGUGGAGGAGGCGGAGCAGGGGGAGUGCCUCCUCUCUGGGGAGGAGCAGUUAACCCUCAUCACAGAGAGCAUGUCCAUCACCUCCUCUGAUGAGGAGAAGCUGCAGCUCCUCAACAAAAACACUGAACUCCGGAGACUCAACAAAGAGCUGAUGAAGCUGAACGAAGAGUGGGAUCACAUCUAUCACAGCACGAGUGUGGGCCUCCAGCAGCGUGUGGCGGCCCUCGAGGAGGAGAGCAGGGCCCUCAAACAGCUCAACAGCCGACUGCUGCUCAAAGUAGAACAUGAACAGAACAAGAGGGAAUAUUAUGAACAAACACUGAUGCAGGAACUGAAGAAAAACCAGCAUCUGCAGGAGUAUGUCAGACUGCUGGAGAGCCGACUGCACCAAACAGAUCUUCAGCAGUGGACUAGAGGAACUCAGACCCCAGAUAUCAGUGGCUCCUCAGACUCUCAGCUAGUGCAGAGCUUGUCUAAGCCGUCCCUGGACAUACGGUCGACUCCAGCACUUCCUCCGUCACUGGGCACAAAGUCCAGUCUCAGACUGGCUGGUAUGGGAUUGGAGAUGCAGUCUGACCCUAUGAGAGAGGUUCAGGAUCUUAAAGAACAGCUGGUGGCACUGCGGUGUCAGACUAAAAUCUACGAGGCUGACUAUAAAACCGAGCAGAAGGACCAUGAGCGCAUGCUGCAGGAGAAUAAGCGUCUGCGGCGCAGAGAGGCAGACAUGCGUCAGCAGAUGGCGCUGCUGCAGGAACAGCUGAAGGUGUACGAGGAUGAUUUCCAGAAGGAGCGCUCAGACAAACGCAUUCUCCAGAGACUGCUGAUGAAAAAAUCUCCAGCCGAGAAAGAACCGGUUCUGGUGCAUCGCUGCAACAACGAGCAGGACCGGCCCAGAUCAGACAGGAGAAAGCCCAGAGAAGAGCAGCGCGGCGGAUACGUUUGUCCAAAACACUGUGAGCGUCACGGCCAGCCGGAGUUCCCCUGAACGCCGACAGACAACACAUUCAUUCAUCAUAUAAAAGAAAUGUACACAAGCUAGUUUGUAUCUUAAAAUAGUUACUUUUUAACUGCUUUAUUUAUAUGAGGAUCUUAUUUUUUAUUGUAUUAUUCUUUCGUAUUGUUGAAAGGAUUGUGUUUGUACAACGUGUGGAAACUGUUGCACUUUUGUCUCUAUAUAAAUCAAUCUGAACCACUUCACUGCCUGGAAACAUGAAACUCAAACAAUCCGUGUCAGACAGUAAAUACUGUAAUCUUUAUAAGCCAAUCUAUGUGGUCUUGUUAAUAUGUCAACUGACUUUGUCAAUAUGUCAAACUGACCUAUUACAAAAAAAAAAAAAAACAAUACUACGAGGAAACGAUUUAAGAAGUUUCUGCACCUUUGACUAUAAGGAAGCCAUUGGAAAUCCCUAUAUUGAGCUCAUUCCUAAUGACUAACUGGUGUGUUUGUUUGUUGUUUUUGUUUUUUUUUUCCAGGAAAUUUGCUCAGUUGCAGUCUUUUAUUCAGUAAUGUCCAUCCUUGCACUUGUGCUCUCACUGUACAUAGCCCAUGUUAUUUGUUUUUUUUAUUUGUUUUGUUUUUUAUAUUGUAAUGCAUUAGAAAUGUCCUUAUAAUUACUUAGAAAAGUUAAACUACAUUGUUUUAA